AUGAUUGGGGGACGGCCUAGUACCAGUCUGGUAUUGGGUGUGGUACUUUUUGCAUGUAUUCUCCUUACAUAUCUAGGCCCCGGGUCUGCUCGAAAUCGAUGGGGCUCGACUCCAAGUCCCGUGAAAUGGACUUCAUCACCGGCAAGCCAAGGUAAAUCGGACGUGUUUAAUAGAACGCUUGGCUUUGAGAAGGUCUUCGUCAUAGGACUCCCUGAGCGUUCGGAUAAACGCGAUGCGUUAGCUUUAAUGUCUUCGCUCACAGGGUUUAGGAUAAGUUGGAUUGCCGGUGUUGCUGGUAACACUAUCCCAAAAAAGGCUCUGCCCUUCGGGUGGGAUCGAGAAACGAUGCGGGAUAGUAACCUAGGUUCCUGGCGCGGCCACGUAAACGCGAUGCGACGCAUAAUUGAAGAUGGAAUCUCGUCGGCGUUGAUUAUGGAAGAUGAUAUGGACUGGGAUGUUAAUAUUAAAGAACAAUUAGUCCAAUUCGCAGCGGCGGCUCGUUCCUUGCAAAACGGAUUCCAUAGAAACCAAACGCUAGAAACGCCAAGCCCAUAUGGCCAAGACUGGGAUAUGCUAUGGCUAGGUUCAUGUGUAACAACGUUCGAUGAAGACCUCCCCGAAGACCUCCAGAUCCCGUCCGAGGAGCGCGACUCUCGUAAGGUUUUCAUCUACAACGACCCGACGGUACCGCCACCGGGUCAUAUUCUGGGAAACGGAUCCUUUAGCUGGGACGAUUAUCCCCCGCGCACUCGAAUAGUAUACGUGCCCGGCGAUAAUGUGUGCAGUUUCGCAUAUGCUCUGAGUGCAGCUGGAGCGCAAAAGGCGUUGCAGCAUAUGGGACUCGAGGGACAACGUAAACCCUUUGAUAAUCACCUUAGUGAUCUGUGCCGGUUACGAAUAAACGGUAUGCGAUGUGUGAGCAUAGUGCCAAGUUUAUUUAUCCAUCACCGACCGAAGGGCAAGAUCAGCAGCGAUUCGGACAUUAAUAAGGGAAGCGAGAAUGAAGAGAUGCGUGAGGUGGGAUUCACGGAGAACAUAUUAUAUAGCACGCGGUUGAACUUGAAAAAUUUAGUUAGAGGAUUGAGGCCGGAGAAACAAUGGGUAGAUUAA